AUGCUCCGGACAGCCUCGACGGCCGUCAUCCUAGCUCUGCACUUCUGUGCCGGAGAUGCGAGCAACAGUGCUGCACAUCGCAGUGGGAAGCCGCACAUCCUGUUCAUCAUGGUGGAUGAGAUGGAUGGCCGAAUUCUAGAUGAUGAGACGCCACAGUUCAAGCCCCCCAUGCCGCACCUCCGCCAGCUCAUGAAGCGGGGCACGUAUUUCCCAAACGCCUACAGCAACUCGCCACUGUGCGUGCCUGCGAGGACGUCGAUGCUUGCGGGCAGGUACAACUCCGAUAUCAAGGUCUGGGAUAAUUUCAUUGGCAUCGCGAAUGUGAACGGCGACAACAGCAAUCUAGACAAGAGGUGUGUAGAUGCCUUCUCACGCAGCGAGUGCCGGGAAUUCGCCGCCGAGCAGAAGAUCAAUGGCACCUUCAUCGACGUCCUGUCAGACCACGGAUACGAAAUCACACUCUGGGGCAAGGUUCAUGUGGGAGCUGGCCUGGAUCGCUUCAGCCAUAAGAUUUCCAACGACCCCUUCACGGGAACCGGGCCGGUGAGGGAGUCGGCGAAAGCCUGGUCGCGCUUGUCGGGCGUUGUCUCGAAGAGGCAGGACCCUACCCUUUGGAUGCGAAGGCCGAACGAUGUGCCCAUGCCAGCUGAAGGCUUCUAUGACUACCCUACCGCAGAGGAAUGUGCGAAGCUUAUUCGCCAAGGGAUCUUCAAGAAGGCAACGCCGCAGUUUCUGUACUGUUCCUUCUCCGUGCCGCACCCGCCAUACCAGACGAACGGCACAUACUGGAAUGCGGUUGGAUCUUUGGGCAAGCAUGCCGUCCCACGGCUCGUGCCGCGGGACAAGCUCCAUCCGGCGGACGCAUACGCGGCCAAGGCCAAGCAGUUCUGGCACAUGGACGAGUGCGAUGCCAAGGACAUCGAGCACUUCCGCCGUGUCUACUUCUCCAUGUGUGUAGAGUCGGAUAAGCUGGUUGGCAACAUCCUGAGUGCCUUCUACAACAGCGGCGUCAAGAAUGCCUACGUGAUGUUCGUCUCCGACCACGGCGAGCACAACCUGGAGAACAGGCAAUGGCAGAAAAGCUCCAUGAAGGAAGCCUCGGCCCGCAUCCCCUUGAUCAUAGCUGGCCCGGGCCUGCCGAAGGGGCAGCGCAUCAACGGCUUGACGUCAUUGCAUGACGUUUACCCUACACUCCUUGACAUGGCGGGCGCGAAGAGUCGAGUGCCACAGUCCAAGCUUGCCGGCGAAUCGGUACUGCCCAUGGCGAGAGGUCACGAGCGCAAGCGCAACUAUGUCGUGUCGGAGUACCACGACUCCUACUCACGGACUGGGGCCUUCAUGAUCCGUCAGGGCCACCUGAAACUGAUUGUGCACGCGCCCCUCUACCACGGAGGCAAACCUUGGCCUGCGCAGCUCUUCGACGUGAAGGAAGACCCAUGGGAGCUCGCAGACUUGGCGGACAAGAAGCCCGGCGAAGUUCAGAGGCUGGAGAACAUGCUGCGCAAG